CAUAUGUUCAUAAAAAUAAUUUGCAUCCUAUAAACAAAAUCACUCUGCUUCCAAAUGCUCUCUAACAUGGGUUCAGAAGUCCAAGAAGACAUUCAUGUUAUGUUCCUGCCCUACCUGGCCCCAGGCCACAUGAUGCCAAUGGUCGACAUAGCUCGAUUAUUUGCUUCAAAUGGCUUCAAAGUCACCAUUAUCACCACCAAAUUGAACGCCAUUCGCUUCCAGAAUUCCGUAAAUCACGACGUUCUAUCCGGCAGAAACAUUGCACUUGAAAUUCUGCAUUUCCCUUGUGCAGAAGCUGGCCUGCCCGAAGAUUGUGAGAAUUUAUUGUCCGCAACAACGACGGAGAUGUCAAUAAAAUUCCAUCAUGGAAUUCAGCUGCUCGUACCGGAAAUUAUAACUAUCUUUUGGAAGAACUCCCCCGACUGCAUUGUCUCGGAUUAUCUUUUUCCUUGGACUGUUGAUGUUGCUCUUGAGCUUGGAAUUCCAAGGCUUGCAUUUAGCGGCAGCGGGUUUUUUAAUCUCUGCGUCGCGAAUAGUAUUGAGUGUAAUAGGCCUCAGGAUUCUGUUACCUCCGAGACAGAAAGUUUUCUUGUUCCGGGCUUGCCGGACCCUGUAACCCUCACGAGAUCACAAUUGCCUGAUAUAGUUAAAGGCAGAAAUGAUUUUUCUGAUUUGUUUGAUAAACUAAAAGAUGCUGAGAGAAGAAGUUACGGAGUUUUGAUGAAUAGUUUUUACGAGUUAGAGCCGGCUUAUGCUAAUCAUUUUACAAAAGUUACGGGAAUUAAAGCUUGGCAGUUAGGCCCUGUAAAUCUUUUUGCUAAUGAUCAUAAUUUCGAAAGAGGGGAUAAAGAACAGAGCUGCCUUGAUUGGCUCGAUUCCAAGAAACCAAAAUCCGUGAUUUACGUAUGUUUUGGAAGCCUAAAUCGGUUCAACAAGGACCAAAUAUCAGAAAUCGCGGCUGCAUUGGAAGAUUCGGGUCAUUUUUUCGUCUGGGUGGUGGGAAAAGUACUAAACUCGGAAGAAUGGUGGCUUCCUGAAGGAUAUGAGGAAGCUAUAAAUGAUUCCGGUAAAGGAUUCGUCGUAAAAGGAUGGGCCCCGCAGGUGUUGAUACUUGAACAUCCCGCGGUCGGAGGAUUUCUGACUCAUUGUGGUUGGAAUUCGAUUCUUGAAGGGCUAUGCGCGGGUGUGUCUAUGGUCACAUGGCCGAUUUUCGCAGAACAGUUUUACAAUGAGAAGCUGGUUACACAAGUAGUUAAAUUCGGAGCAGCUGUGGGUAAUGAGAAUUGGAAGGUAUGGGCAACGCAAGACUCACCCGUGGUCAAUAGAAAGAAUAUUGAGCGAGGUGUUCGAAAGGUAAUGGGCUACGGAGAUGAAGCGAUGGAGAUGAGAGAACGAGCUAGAAAAUUAUCGGAAUGUGCGAAAAAGGCAGUGCAAGAAGGAGGGUCAUCGUAUAAUGAGUUCAAAUUGUUAAUUGAUGAUAUCAGAAUGUACAAGCAUGCAAAAACUGUUAGCAAAAUUGACUAAAUUUAGAGUGUUGCACUUCUAAAUAUAUGAUAGAAUAGUUCUAUUUUGAUUUUUGGUUUAA